AUGGCGGAGGUAGAGGCGGACCAGAAUGCAGAGGAUGCGGCCCAUCGGUUCGUCGAUGCAGAGGCGGCACUUACGGCAGAGGACGGGACGCCAAAGGAAGCAGAAGCUGCGGCGCAGCAGAAGGUGGGUGCAGAUGCGGUCAAGAGUGCGGAGGCAGUCGGGCGUAAAGAAGCGGCUGCAACAGCAGAGCUGACGUCGGAGGCAUUCGAGCUGCAGGUGGUGGAGGCAGUGGCGCAGAAGGAAUCAGAGGCAACGGCGAGCCAAAAGGAAUCUGAGGCAGCGGCGCAGCACAAUGAUGAUGCAGACGCACACAAGGAAUCACCGGCAGCAGCGCAGCACAAAGAUGAGGAGGCGCAGAAGGAAUCUGAUGCAGCGGCGCAGCAGAAGGAGGGUGCAGCGCCGAAGAUGGUUGAGGCAGAGGCGCAAAAGGAAUCUGAUGCAGCGGCGCAGCAGAAGGAGGGUGCGGCGCCGAAGAUGGUUGAGGCAGAGGCGCAGAAGGAAUCUGAUGCAGCGGCGCAGAAGAAGGAGGGUGCGGCGCCGAAGAUGGUUGAGGCAGAGGCGCAGAAGGAAUCUGAUGCAGCGGCGCAGCAAAAGGAGGGUGCGGCGCCGAAGAUGGUUGAGGCAGAGGCGCAGAAGGAAUCUGAUGCAACGGCGCAGCAGAAGGAGGGUGCGCUGCCGAAGAUGGUUGAGGCAGAGGCGCAGAAGGAAUCUGAUGCAGCAGCGCAGCACAAAGAGGGUGCGGCGCAGAGGAUGGUUGAGGCAGAGGCGCGGAAGGAAUCUGAUGGAGCGGCGCAGCAGAAGGAGGGUGCGGCGCCGAAGAUGGUUGAGGCAGAGGCGCAAAAGGAAUCUGAUGCAGCGGCGCAGCAGAAGGAGGGUGCGCCGCCGAAGAUGGUUGAGGCAAAGGCGCAAAAGGAAUCUGAUGCAGCGGCGCAGCAGAAGGAGGGUGCGGCGCCAAAGAUGGUUGAGGCAGAGGCGCAGAAGGAAUCUGAUGCAGCGGCGCAGCAGAAGGAGGAGGGUGCGGCGCCAAAAUUGGUUGAGGCAGAGGCGCAGAAGGAAUCUGAGGCAGCGGCGCGGUAG